AUGGGUUCCUUGUGGCGCUCGCAAGAGAUGCGCCUGGCGCAGCUCAUCGUCCAGUCAGAUGCCGUCUACGAGACGGUCAGCGCGCUUGGCGAACUGGGUCUGGUUCAAUUUCGCGACUUGAAUCCUGAUGUCAAUGCUUUCCAGCGCAAGUACGUCAACGAGGUGCGCCGCUGCGAUGAGAUGGAGCGCAAGCUGCGCUUCUUCGAGGCUGAGGUCGAAAAGGCCGGCAUGCAGGUCAGCGGAGCCGCCGCCGCUGCUACCUCGGCUGCUCCCGAUGUCAAGGAGAUGCAAAGUAUGGAGGCCGAGUUUGAGCAACUUGAGCGCGAAAUGCGCGAGAUCAACGGUAACGAGCAGACGCUCCGCAAGCAAGAGCUCGAGCUCACCGAGCUCUCGGCCAUCCUGAGCAAGACGGCCGUGUUCUUUGAUGAAGCUGAAGCUGCGGGCGGUACCGUUCGCACCGCCGAUGGCUCAGCCAGCUCUGCUGCCACUCCCCUCCUCUCCGCCGAGGAGGAUCGCUCUGGCCAGCUGGGCUUUGUGACCGGUGUCAUUGCCCGUGAAAAGCUGCCCGGCUUUGAGCGCCUCUUGUGGCGUGCCUGCCGCGGUAACGUCUUUUUGCGCGAGGUGGACAUUUCCGAGGCCGUCGUCGAUCCCGUCUCGGGCGAGGAGGUCCACAAGAAGGUCUUUAUCGUCUUCUUUCAGGGUGGUGAGCUCGGUGCUCGCGUCCGCAAGAUUUGCGAAGGUUACGAUGCCACCAUCUAUCCCUGCCCAGACACGGCGGCUCAACGCCGCGAACUUGACAUCAAGGUCAAGACUCGCAUCGAAGACCUGCAGAGUGUCCUGCACCGCACGGCUGAGCAUCGCCGCCAGGUCCUGGCCCGCUCCGCCUUCAAGCUCGGUGCCUGGCUUGUCAAGGUGACCAAGAUCAAGUCCAUUUACCACACAAUGAACAAGUUUGACAUUGAUGUGGCGCGCAACUGUCUGGUGGCCGAGUGCUGGUAUCCGGCUGCCUCUCAGGGCGAGAUCAAGGAGGCCCUGCGCCGCGGUGCCGAGCGUUCUGCCACAGACGUUCCCACCGUGCUCAGCGACAUCCCCACCCACGAGCAACCCCCUACCUACUUUGCCACCAACAAGUUUACGAGCGGCUUCCAGAGCAUCGUUGACGCCUACGGUAUUGCCUCGUACCGUGAGGUCAACCCCACCCCCUUUACCAUCAUUACCUUUCCCUUCCUUUUUGCCGUCAUGUUUGGUGACUUUGGUCAUGGUACCAUCAUGGCCCUCAUUGCCUUCUUCCUGAUUUACAAGGAGAAGAAGCUGGCCAGCUUUGACGGCGGUGAAAUUUGGGACACCAUGUACGGUGGCCGUUACAUCAUCUUCCUCAUGGGUCUGUUUUCCAUCUACACUGGCUUUAUUUACAAUGACAUCUUCUCCAAGUCCAUCACACUCGGCGGCAGUGGCUGGAAGGUGCCUGAUGCCCAGGCACAGGCCUAUUUCAACGACCACAGCAUUGAGAUUGACCUGCUGGCCCCAGAUGCCACCUCGGACAAUGACUUCCGCUACCCCUACGUCUUUGGUAUUGACCCGAUUUGGCAAGUGACGGAGAACAAGCUGACUUUCACCAACUCGUACAAGAUGAAGCUGUCCGUUAUUCUCGGUAUUGGUCAGAUGCUGUUUGGUGUCAUUCUCAGCUUGGCCAACCACCGCUUCUUUCGCAAGCCUCUGCGUGUCUUCCACGAGUUUAUCCCGCAAGUUCUUUUCUUGACCUGCAUCUUCGGCUACCUCGUCAUCAUGAUCUUCUACAAGUGGACGACCCCCAUCCAGGACUUCCCCAACAAGAACCCCCCCAGCCUGCUGCUCAUGCUCAUCAACAUGUUCCUGCAGUUUGGUGCUCCUCCGGAUGAUGGUGAGGUGCUCUACGGUGCCGCUGACGGCAGCACUCAGCAAUACACCCAGAUGAUCUUGGUUGUGGUGGCCGUUGUUUGCGUGCCCUGGAUGCUUUUUGUGCGCCCCUGCAUUCUGCGCGCUCGUAUGAAACGCGCCGCUGAGCGUGGUAUUGGCGCCCACGAGAUGCCCCAUGACGAUGAGAAUGUCAAGGAUGCCGAGAUCAACGGUCCCGUGGCUCACGGCGAUGAGGACCAUUCCUUUGGUGCCAUCAUGGUGCACCAGGCCAUUCACACCAUUGAGUUUUGCCUGGGUUGCAUUUCCAACACGGCCUCUUACCUUCGUCUCUGGGCUCUGUCCCUGGCUCACGCUCAGCUGUCAGAUGUGCUCUGGGAGAUGGUCCUCCAGACCGGCUUUAGCAGCUGGUGGAUGCUUUACUUGACCUUUGCCGCCUGGGCUGCUCUGACCAUUGCCGUCCUGCUCAUCAUGGAGGGUCUCUCGGCCUUCCUGCACGCCCUCCGUCUCCAUUGGGUCGAGUUCCAGAACAAGUUUUACGAAGGCACAGGCAUCAAGUUUGCCCCCUUCUCCUUCCGCCGCAUCCUUGCCGGCGAGGAGGACGAGGCUUAGACGUGCGCUCGCCACACUUGGCAAUGCUCGGUUAUCUUUUAGGUGCUUGUUCCCUUGUUGUCUUUUCUAUCAACAAGCACCCUUGGGCUCGAAUCGGUCUUGGCUGGUUUUUUAGCUUCAUCAAAUUGACGUUAGCUUUUUG